AUUUUGGUAAUAUUUGGAUCGUAAAGUUAUGUUUAAACCCAGUAAAUCUCUAUCGAAGUAUGUUGGAUCAUUCUUUAUUCAUUGGAAAGUCUCUGUUUUCCUUUUUUGACUUUUUGUUAGACCAAGAGAUACUGUAGAACAGUACAUUUGUUUUGUUUCUAUCUUGUGAUGGGUAUAAAAAAUUCAAAGUUUGAGCACAUUAUUGAUUUCGGUGUGGGUUUUGUAAAUAUCAUUGGAGAUGAAUGGUCUGCUGAUGAGAUUGAUGCAAUGAUAAAGCUUAGAGGAAAUGGUUUUGAUAAUGCAAUAUUCAAAGCCUGGACUAAGUGGUGGUGUGUUCAAAGUUCAAGAAAGUUAUCUGUUUUGAUAAUGCAAUAAUGGUUUUACCAGUAUAGGUAUUAUGAUUUCCCUCCUGAUAUAUGAUCGCAUACUCAUUCCAACUGCAAGAAAGUUCACUGGAAAACCUUCUGGAAUUACAAUGCUACAAAGAAUUGGAUUUGGGAUGCUUUUAUCCAUCAUUUCCAUGGUUGUUGCGGCCUUAGUCGAGGAAAAAAGGCUCAAAACAGCUCAAGAAUAUGGUUUGGUUGAUAUGCCAAAGGCGACUAUUCCUUUGAGUAUAUGGUGGCUGGUUCCUCAAUACAUAUUAUUUGGAGUUGCUGAUACAUUCACCAUGGUUAGGUUGCAGGAGUUUUUCUAUGACCAAGUUCCGAGUGGAUUAAGAAGCAUUGGUCUCUCCUUGUACUUGAGUAUUUUUGGGAUUGGCAACUUUUUAAGCAGCUUUCUCAUCUCUGCCAUUGAAAAAUUAACUAGUGGAGAUGGCAAACAAAGCUGGUUUGACAACAAUCUCAACAAAGCUCAUCUCGAUUACUUCUAUUGGUUGCUUGUUGUGCUUAGUGCUGUUGGGUUGGCUGCUUUCCUAUUUUCUGCCCGAACUUACAUCUAUAAUAAAGGGAACACUACGUGA